GUAAUACAUACAAUCUGUGUAGAAGUUUUUUACUUGGUUCAUCACUCACUGGUGUAAGACCGGGCUACUACGCUCUCAAGUUAAAUGUGAUAUGUAGUCGUCGGCAAUAACACACGAAGCGCCUGUCUGACCAGAACACGGAUACCUUAAUAUACAAUUUUAUUCCGCUAAGAGAGACACAGAAACAUACCAGCACCUGUUUUUCCCACGAGGCGGCAUGGGCCAGUGAUGAAGAAAGGUGAAGUCUGUGUAGCAGAGACGGACAUGCUUGAUAACAUCGACUAACACGCUGGGGAUAAUAGACUCCUGGUGCUGACUUGGUUUGAUUGUGAUGUAAAAGCCUGUCCUGUUUCAAUAUCGCCCCGGAAUUGUCGAGUAUUCAAGUAUUUAGUGUCAAAUAGGCCAUCUGUAUACAAAUAUUUGAAUGAAAUUUGAAUGAAAGACCUUCUUUUAGAAUUUAACAAUGCCUUUGUCAUUUGGAUCUGCGCGCGGGGUUAUUCUCGGAUUGACUGUUUUCUGUCAACUGGUAUUUAUAGGUCUGAUAUGGGACUCACUCAAGGUCAACACCAAGGUCGCCUUAACGUCCAAUAGCUGUAAUACACGGGGCCUGCUUUCGUCUGAUGAUAAUAGCGACGACUCUUCUCACAACUCCUUCUCAAUGAGAAGUCUUAGUGACGAGGAGAAACUAAUAGAGAUGUGCAGAAUCCGUCCAAACUCCCAUGUUAACUGCAGGUCGCUGUUCACGGGAGACGCCGCUGCAAUAAAAUCAGCGAAAAAUACGAGCCACGAAAAACGUAUAUCCGGAAAUUGUUCUUUGGACAACUUAGUGAAUUCAUGUAAAGUACUGAUUAAAUCUCAUGGCUACUUGACCGACAGGACUGUUCUCAGCAAAGAGGAGCUAGACUACCCUCUAGCAUUCGCCAUUAAAAUGCAUAAAUCGACCGACCAGGCCGAACAACUCCUCCGCCUGAUAUACCGGCCUCACAAUGUCUACUGUCUAUAUAUUGACAAGAAAGCCAGUCAAAAAGUGUUCGACAUCAUGAACAAACUAGCCGCCUGUUUCCAUAAUAUCUUCAUCAUUCAUGAACGCAUUGAUAUCAUUUACGCAAGUUUAUCACAUGUUUUGGCCGAAUUGCAAUGCAUGCACGAACUUUUGGCGAGAGCAGUUACGUGGAAGUACUAUAUUAACCUAACGGGACAGGAAUUACCACUGAGGACAAAUCUGGAAAUGGUGAAAAUUCUUAAAGCUCUUCAGGGAACAAAUGAUAUUGAAAGUUUCUUAUUUCCGAAGCAUUUGAAAUUUCGUGUUCAAAAGCAUUUUGCAGUUGUAAGAGGCCUUUUAAAGGAAGACAAAAAUGCCACUAAGGACGAUUUUUCUUUUAACAUCACUUUACGUAAAGGCAGCGCAUAUGGGAUGUUUCGAAGGGAAUUUGUAGAAUUUCUCCAUGAAGAUGAUGUUGCACAAAAGUUCAUUCACUGGCUGAAUGAUUCGCUGUCGCCAGAGGAGACGAUAUGGGCAACAUUAAACGGUCUCCCUUGGGCCCCAGGGGGUUAUUCCCUGGAGACGAGUCACGCAUCUAGUACGUUCUUGUCACGUGCUGUAAUAUGGACCUGGGACAAGCCCCAUUGUUUUGGCAGAUUUUCGCGGAGCGUGUGUAUAUUUGGAAUAGGUGACCUUCCAUGGCUGUCGUCCAGACCACACAUUAUCGCCAACAAGUUUGACCGAUUGUACGAUCCCAUUGCACCGGAUUGCAUGGAAGAAUUGAUACGGAAUCGGACAAAGUAUGAAGAGAAGGGUCUGCAACAAAUGGACUGGUACUUUUAUCGAAACCUUCCCCAUGUAAAGUACUAUACUAAUCUAACAAAACAAGAAAAAUCAAUGGCGUUUUUGAGUAAAAAAAGAGACUAUUGGACAAAACAACAGCAGUCCACAUAUUUAAACAGGUUACAGAGAAGUUAAAGUAAAAUUCCUGAAUUGAUGUGUCCAGUUUCCGAAACAAUGAAUCAUUUGCAUUAACAUUAAUGACUCCACUUAGUUCCACAUUGAUGCUAUCUUCAUCGUAGAUCUUAAUUAAUAUAUAUUUCGUGUAUAAUAGUAACUGAAAAGUAAGUGCCUGUAUAGACAUUUUCUUGUUUUCAAUAUUAAUAACUUUAUCUAUUGAUCUAUAUGUUAUGGUACCUUGGGAAGUCGCAAAGGUAAGGGUACUUUGGGAAAUUAAGUAGGCAAUGGUACAUUGGGAAGUUCCGUAGGUAAUUUUACGUUGGGAAAUAACAUGUGUAAUGUUACCUUUGGGAAUUCUGUAGGUAAUAAUACACUGGGAAGUUCCGUAGGCAAUGGUACCUUGGAAAAUUCCGUAGGAAAUGAUACCUUGGAAAAUUCCGUAGAUAAUGGUACAUUGGGAAUCCCGUAGGUAAUGGUACAUUGGAUAAUUCCGUAGGUUAUGGUACCUUGGGAAUCCCGUAGGUAAUGGUACAUUGGAUAAUUCCGUAGAUAAUGGUAC